AUGAACGCCAACGGGGGCCAUUUUCAGUUCCAGCUGAAGCCGAGCAUCGGUGGUGGCCAGGUGGACGAGUACUGGAACAAUCUUGUGCUCGGGAUGAUCGGCGCCACUAUCGAACCGGCCAACAUGAUCACUGGUAUCCGCCUCGUGGACAAGCUGUCGGGCCCAAGGGCGGCCAACGUCAUUCGCUUGGAAGUCUGGUUCUCGAACUACGACGACACGCAAGCGGUGGGCCCCCCCCUCGGCACGGGCGGUGGGAAUCUCCCUUCCUCGCGCAGGGAGGGACUUCGAAGAGUUGCCUCAGGCGGCGAAGUCGCCCGUCUUUUUCGGAUCACGGCCCGCAAAGGAGGCUCCCGCUGCCGCCAGCCCCCCCGCGGAGUCAGCUUCGGAUUGCACAAUUGGGACCCUACUGCGGCUUACUUGCGGCAUUGA